GAAACUGUAGCGCUCUGCCAUCGGGCUUCAUUAUUUUCCAGUCGGCUGGCUGCGCCUGGAGUGUCUGAAAAUGGACUCAUCAAAAGUGGUAGCUGCCUCUGAGAAGGAACAGAAGCCAGCAGGGGAGGAGAGUGAAGAGACGUCCAGCGAACCGUCCAGCACCUCUUCUGGAAUGUUGACCCCGUCUGGAGAGAAGUGUCGUAGUCUGGAGACUGUGAUCUCUAGGCUGGAGAUGCUGAAUGUGGGAAAGAAAACAUUGGAUGGUCCAGCUCUGCUACUGACCACUCUGGAGGAGAUGAACCCAGAUGAGUUGAGGAGAUUCAAGUCUUACCUGAUUAUUGGCAGGAUGUUCAGCUUUCCUCUCAUCCCAGAGAGUCAGCUGGAGAACACUGACAGACAGAACACAGUGGAUCAGAUGGUGAAGAGAUACGGCCCUGAGGGAGCUGUGAGGAACACACUUGUGAACCUGAAGUGGAUGAAUCGAGUAGACCUAGCAGAGAAGUUAGAGAGAGAUCACACUAGAGGUAUUCCCACUGACUGGUACAAGUCCUCAGUCCAACCCAGGCCCUUCUACAGCUCAUUACCCCCUCGUUUCUCCAGGUCCUCCUCCUUCCUUCUCUCUGGCUUGUCUAAGGAGUUGUCAUUAACUACUGGUAGUUCAGGACAGCUCAGCUCACAGGUAAGAGGACGGUUAGAGAAGUGUAGGAUCACUUCUACCCUCAUAUGUUACAUCACCUGUACUCACUGUCAUAGUUAGUUCUACAGUUCUACCCUCAUAUGUUACAUCACCUGUACUCACUGUCAUAUUCAGUUCUACCCUCAUAUGUUACAUCACCUGUACUCAGUUUCAUAGACAGUUCUACAGUUCUACCCUCAUAUGUUACAUCACCUGUACUCACUGUCAUAGACAGUUCUACCCUCAUAUGUUACAUCACCUGUACUCACUGUCAUAGUCAGUUCUACCCUCAUAUGUUACAUCACCUGUACUCACUGUCAUAGACAGUUCUACAGUUCUACCCUCAUAUGUUACAUCACCUGUACUCACUGUCAUAGACAGUUCUACCCUCAUAUGUUACAUCACCUGUACUCAGUGUCAUAGACAGUUCUACAGUUCUACCCUCAUAUGUUACA